CUCAGCGUUUUUGAUAAUCUGAUGCCAUGUCAAGAAUGAUGUCUUUCGCUCUGUCACGUUCUUGUAGUCUCUCAAGUACGCUCUGCACCUGGGGAUGGCGGCAUUGUGCUCCAUCAUCUUCCCGCAUUGAUGGCGCUCGUUUUCGCACUUCCAAAUGUUCAUUUGAGAUAUUCCAGUGGGACAGGUUGGUAUUUGCAUGGUUUGUAAUGAUGCGAGUAGAUACGGACGAAGCUGCGAGGGGCUGUCUGCGUUAGCGAUGAUCCGUCUAUGAGCUAUGGCAUGCUGGCACUUGAUCCCUUAAUAACAGCAGGCGGCUCGGUGGCUAUGACUUCCA